AACGGCUAACAGCCUGUGGGUUUAUUAUAAGGCGGAGCUCGGCGGGAGAGGUGCGGGCCAGCAUAGACAGAGCCUGGCGCAAAGGAAGGAAUCUGGCAGUCGAGGAGCUGACUCUAGCCGGUGGAACCUGCAGCCCUUGCUCACUCAGGACAGCAGCGCCGGCCAGGCAGGCGUCCGGGACAGCAAAGCGCAGCGCAAUCAGCAGAGCCGACCGGCAGCUCCGCGCAACCCGCAACUCCAACCCGCGCAGUCCGCGGAGCUCCCGCCGCUGGUCUGGGCAGCAUGAGGCUCGCGGCGCUCUGGCUCUGGUUCUGCGCCCUGGCGCUGCGCCUGCAGCCUGUCCUCCCGCAAAUUGUGGCCGUCAAUGUGCCCCCUGAGGAUCAGGAUGGCUCUGGGGAUGACUCUGACAACUUCUCUGGCUCAGGCACAGGUGCUUUGCCAGACAUCUCGUUGUCACGGCAGACUUCUUCCACUCUGACAGCCACACCCACAGCUCCAGAGCCCACCAGCAGGGACUCUGAGGCCACCUUCACCUCCAUCCUGCCAGCCAGAGAGAAGCCUGAGGAGAGACCACCAGAGCGUGUAGCAGAAGUGGACACUGGCUUCACCUCUCAGGACAAGGAAAUGGAGGUCACCACCAGGCUCAGGGAGACCACACAGCUCCUGAUCACCCAACGGGUCUCAACAGCCAGAGCCACCACAGUCCAGGCACCUGUCACAUCACAUCCCCACAGAGAUGUGCAACCUGGCUUCCAUGAGACCUUGGCUCCCACAGCACCUGGCCAACCUGACCAUCAACCUCCAAGUGUGGCGGAUGGAGGUACUUCUGUUAUCAAAGAGGUUACCGAGGAUGGAGCUACCAAUCAACUUCCUACAGGGGAGGGCUCUGGAGAGCAGGACUUCACCUUUGAAACAUCUGGGGAGAACACAGCUGUGGCCGCCAUAGAGCCUGACCAGCGGAACCAGCCUCCAGUGGAUGAAGGAGCCACAGGCGCCUCUCAGGGCCUUUUGGACAGGAAGGAAGUACUGGGAGGUGUCAUUGCUGGAGGCCUGGUGGGGCUCAUCUUUGCUGUGUGCCUGGUGGGUUUCAUGCUGUACCGGAUGAAGAAGAAGGACGAAGGCAGCUACUCCUUGGAGGAACCCAAACAAGCCAAUGGCGGUGCCUACCAGAAACCCACCAAGCAGGAAGAGUUUUACGCCUGAUGGAGGAAUAGUUCUCCCCCCAACCCCAGCCACUCACUAGGCUCCCACUUGCCUCUUCUGUGAAAAACUUCAGGCCCUGGCCUCCCCAACAGUGUGUUGCCUCCUCAGUACCCAGACCCUUCCGGCUGUUCCUGCCCGAGCAGUCCCCAGGGUGUGCUGGGAAUUCAUUCUACUUCUUUGACUUCUGCCUAGAAGCUUGGGCGCAAAGGGUUUCUUGCAUCUGACCUUUCUACCAAAGCCAUGCCUGGUGUCUACUAUUCUGACUUGGUUUCUCCGAAUGGGAGGAGACCCAGCUCUGGAGAGAAAGGGGACCCAGCCGCUUUGGACCUAGAUGGCUGGAGGAUCCGGGGGACAGGAGAGGGGCUUCGGCUGACACAUGCCAUAGCACUUAUCCAUAGAGACUGCUAGGGUUGGCCAUGCUGUGGUAGGGGAUGGAGUCCAGGGCUCCUUGGAAUUCACUUUGCAUUGUGGGGAAGUCUACUUUAGAUAUCAACUUGUUUUUGCACAUGUUUCCUCUAGUUUCUCUGUUCAGAGCCCCAGUAGACUUUACUUCUGGGAUAAAGCAAGUCAGUUGACUGGUGUCCCUCUCCUUGCUUCCCUAAUCUACAUUCGGGCGACAGCAUCGGGGUCAUUAAGACUUUGUGUUUGUUUUUAACCUAGAAGAACCAAAUCCAGAUGCCAAAAUGUAGGCUUAGUUUGUGUGUUGUCUCUAAGUUUGUCGCUCAUGCGUGCAACAGGGUAUAGACUAUCUGUGUGGUGCCCCAUUUUUGGUGGUCCAUAAGUAGACUGGCUAGUCCAGGGUGUCACGGGGUAGCCACCUCUUGACCAGUCAUGCCUGUGUGCAUGAACUCAGGGCCAUGGCGUGGCCUGGGCCACUGCGACAUUGGAAGAGCCUGUGUGAGAACUUACUUCUAUAGCACAGUCUAGGGAUGGAGGGGAGAAGACUGUGGGGUGGGGAAGGGGUGGCAAGGGUGCCCAAGACUCUCCUGCCUUUGGUACCAUCUCUGGUCACCAUUCUUCUGAAGUUGACAAGACACAUCUUGAGUAUGGCUGGCACUGGCUCCUCCAAGAACCAAGUUCACCUUCAGCUCCUGUGGCCCUGCCCCAGGCUGGAGUCAGAAAUGCUUCCCAAAGAGUGAGAGUCUUUUGCUUUUGGCAAAACGCUACUUAAUCCAAUGGGUUCUGUACAGUAGAUUUUGCAGAUGUAAUAAACCUUAAUAUAAAGGA